GGAGAUAGAGUUCUGGCACAGAAGCAACGACAUUUUUUCUUUUUGGUUAGGUUGCGAGAAAGAGGUUACUAGUUUAUUAGUAGCUUGUUAUUUUAGUGAUCCGCUGACAUUGACAUUGGAUCGUUCAAAUGAUGGCGUCUAGUAAAAGUAACAUGGAUCAAGCACCGAAGGCUCCUAAGAGUGGAGAUGAAUCGGAAGAUGACUGCGAAAUAUUGGAAGAAAGUCCUUGUGGACGUUGGUUAAAGAGAAGGGAAGAGGUACAACAACGAGAUAUUCCAGGAAUUGAUGCUGCUUAUCUUGCUAUGGAUACCGAAGAAGGAGUAGAAGUGGUAUGGAAUGAAGUGAAGUUUUCAGAAAGAAAAAAUUUUAAAGCUCAAGAGGAAAAAAUACGUCAAGUGUUUGAUAGUCUAACUCAACUUGAACAUCCAAAUAUUGUUAAGUUCCAUAAAUAUUGGAUGGACAAGGAUGAGGACAAACCUAGAGUUAUUUUUAUUACCGAAUAUAUGUCAAGUGGAUCCCUUAAACAGUUUCUGAAAAAAACAAAAAGAAAUGUUAUUAAACUUCCUUUACAGGUAAGAAUUUGUUUGUAUUUUUAUAAAUUAUCUGCUCUUAGCUAUUUACAUUCUUGUUCACCACCAAUUAUUCAUGGAAACUUAACUUGUGAUACCAUUUUCAUUCAGCAUAAUGGUUUAAUAAAAAUUGGAUCAGUUGCUCCAGAUGCAAUUCAUCGUCAUGUAAAAACUUGUCGUGAUAAUCUUAUGAAUGUUCAUUGUAUUGCACCAGAAUUUGGAAGUAAAUCAUUUACUAUGGUGUCUCCUGCGAUUGACAUUUAUUCAUUUGGCAUGUGUGCAUUAGAGAUGGCUGCAUUAGAAAUAUCAGGUAAUGGGGAUAGUGGUAGUCAAAUAACAGAUGAAGUCAUAAGAAAAACAAUUGAAUCUUUGGAAAAUCCACAACAAAAGGAUUUUAUCAAAAAAUGUCUUAGCAAAAUUCCAAAUGAACGACCAACUUCUAGAGAAUUAUUAUUUCAUCCUGUGAUAUUUGAAGUACAUUCACUUCGUCUAUUGGCUGCUCAUGUUGUUGUAAACAGUGCCUCUUAUCAACCAGAUCAACUUACUGACGAAGCAUUCCGUUCAAAAUAUAACGUCGGUGAUAUUUUGGCUGAGGUCGUUCACAGAGAUGGUCAUCAGAGUAUGGUUAUACGAAGAAGUGAUGCACAAAAAUUGGAACUAGAAAAGUUUUUAGAAGAUGUGAGAAAUGGUAUUUAUCCACUGACUGCUUUUGCUCCAACUCAUCCUCCCAUUGUACGUCCCAGAGCUAUUUCACCUGAAAUAUCUGAAUCAGUUAAGUCUACGACUCCUGAACCGGCCGAUAUCGAAACCAGACACAUAACUAACAUGAUGUGUACUAUUAAACCUCAAGAAGAAGGACAAGCUCCUGUGAUUACGCUUCUUCUAAGGAUGGAUGACAAGAUGAACCGACAAUUGUCCUGUGAGUUGACAUUAAAAGAUAAUGCAAGCAUACUAGUAGAUGAACUUAUUUUUUAUGGAUUUAUUAAUCAGGGAGAUCGAGAGAUGGUUGCCGCGGUGAUAAAAGACACCAUUAAUAGGAAUCAGCCUCUGCCAUCGUGCAUUUCUCCGAGUAAUCAGCCGCAACCAGUCAUAUCUUAAUGUUCUUGAAAUGAUUAAAUCAAAUAUAUCAGUGUUUGGUGGUGAUAAGUUUAGUUAUCUCCAUUUCCUAUAAAGUGCCAUAGCCCAUGUCUGUUUGGGCUAUUUGCCACUUGUGUUCUUAUAAGAAGCUGUUCUUCAGUUUAACGUGUAAUGACAGUGACUGUUUAGCUACUCGCUUUAUUUUGUAAUCCUUACAUAUUAUCGAGUAAAGCAUACGUAUGUAUUACUGUAUAUUUUACAGUACGUGAAUAAACUGUAUAUACUUUUUCUUACCGAAGAAAUAAGAGGAAACACCAAUGUUUGGGUGGUUUCUUUUGUAUUAUGUUGAAUACUAGAAGAACUGGAAAAGUAAACAUUUCAAUAGAAAUAAAAAUUUUCAAUGCAAUGUAAAUACAAGUUAAAAUCAUUCUUUUAGUUGUUGGUUUGAAGUGAUAAUCAAAAGUAAGACUUGGUGGAUUGAAACAAAAAUUGUUUUUUCUUUUCUUUUUGGUCGACUAAAUUAAGUCGUAAUAACCACUCACCAUUCACAAGAAAACCAAAGGAAUAAUUUGCAUUUAUUUUAUCUGAAUGUUUGUACCAAAGUGAUGGGAAAUCAUUGACUGAAUCUGUCAUCUCUAAAAAUUACAUUUGUGCAUCUUGUAUUUGCUUAAUUUUGAACCCAAUCUUUUUAAGUGUUUCAAGAAAAAAUUAUCCGUUUUCAAAAUUUUGUUUCUAAAGCAUUCAAGCAUCCUUCUUCCAAAUUUUUCUUUUUAUUAUAUUACCAAAUUAAAAUCCUAUCUCGAUUUCUUUAUAGAUCUCAAAUUCAUAACCGAAGCAAUAUUAAUGAUAUCUAUUUAUUAUAAUAGUUUGUAUAUCAUCAGAAAGACAAACCUUGUAAUAUGCACUUUAGAAAUUUUGGAUCAGAUGUCACAGAUGCAUUUUUGUAAAUUAUUGCAAUAAAAAAAAUAUUGAUUGAU